UGUAUGUGAAUAUGCAACUGGAACAGGGACAGAGCUAGUUGUUAUAGAGAGUAGCAGAGUUCCAAACAGGGAUGAGGAAAGAAAAAGUGUUGGACAGGAUAUAUUGAUUCGAUCAUGACUCAACCUUAUCUACCAUCAGAAGUGUAUUGGAAUUACACCUGUUCAUUUACUUCCAACUCUUUCCUCUCCAAUUAAGUCCUACUAACCUGGCUGUCUUUGUUUAUUUUUAACCAUGUCGAGAAGAUUGGAAAUGAUCAGACCUCCUCUUAUAUCCAUUCAUCAAGGCCAGGAUGGUGAUGGUGGCUCCACAGAAGAAGCCAUGAGUGACAGUAAGUCAGAGAAACAACCCCUGCUGGACAACACUCGCAACAAUGUAGCAGACAGCAGCAGCGUCAGCAACAAACCCACCACCACCAUGAGACACCGUUCCAACGACCUCAGCGCCAUCGAGGCAACCCUGGCAGACCCCUCCUCCCCGAACCCCAGCACGCCCAUUCCUGACGAUAGCAACGGCAAUGGUAUUUACACGUACGAGGAACUCUCCAACGGCUUCACAUGCCCAACCUGCCACGGUUUGGGGAAAAUCCCUAGAGGUAGAGAAGAUGAUCUUGUAGCCUUAAUUCCUUACAACGAUGACAGACUGAAACCUAGGAGAACGGGGUGCUAUGUAAUCAUAUCUAUAAUGGCUUGUGCAAUAAUAGCCGGGGUGCUGUGCGGCUUUCUGGUUCCGAAAGCGGUUCUUUUAUCCGUAGAUGACGUAGUAACGGCGGAUGUUUGGUUGAAUAAAACUACUUCAGAAAUGAGGCUACAACUUCAGAUGGAAUUCUCUCUGGCAAAUAUGAACUUUGUUCCUGUGUAUGCACAGAACAUUACCGUGUCUGCUUACUGGAGUGACGUCCUUAAAGGCUCCAACGUAACAACCAUGCCCUUUACCUUAGGCGGUAGACACACAAAUUCACAGAGCCACACUUCAGUUCAAGCUGUUAUCACAGAACCAGCAGGCGACCAUGACGCACUACAGCCCUGUCAAAUGUGCCUCACUGGACCAGGGAUGGAACUAAUCUAUCAGAUGCAAGUUGCUGUAAAAUUCACACCGUAGGGACAUUGUGCAUCCGGCCAAAUCUGCAGAGCUGAUCUCGUCAGAUGAAACCUCCUUUGGAGUUGAUGCUCAGAGCAUAUAUAUCUUGUAAAGAUGCAAUCGAGUUUAGGGACUACAGGAUCACAGACCAGUGCGUUUACAUCAAAAUAGUCUGCGAGCUGCUCUCGCCAGAUGAAACAUCCUUUGGAGCUGAUGCUCAUGGUAUACUGUACAAGGUGCGUUGCACAUAGUCUUCAGAGCAUAUCUUAAAGAUGGAAUUGAGUUUAGGGACUACAGGAUCACAGACCAGUGCGUGUACAUCGAAAGAGUCUGCGAGCUAAUCUUUGUCUGGUGCAAGUUUUGUUGCUGUGAACCUGUGAAGUUGGGACAAGUCUACAAGGAGCACAAAGAAACAUGCUUUCCCAUCAUUAGAGAUUAUCAUUGUCGGGUGCAAUCGCUGUGAAGUUCACAUUCUAGGAACGCAAGACACUGUUCGUCCCACAUAUAGCCUGUAGAGCUCAUCUUUGACGGAUGUGGAAGUUUUCAUGAAGCUAGCGCUCAAGGAAUACAGUACAAUGUGCCUUUGCCCUGCCAGCAGUGCUAGCCGUCAUCAGAGGCAAGUCGAAGUGAAGCUGCAAAACUCCCGAAAAAUUGUACAAAUUUGCAUUCCACCUAGUCAACAGAGCAUGUCAGUGACAACACUGAACAGUCAGUUAUGUCCUGCCCCUGGACACUAAUUGGACACCAAACUUUUAUGUGUGUAACAAGCUCUGCGUGGUAGGAAGCACACUUGUUCUAAAGUUAUAUAUUUGUGCAUGUGAAACCGGUAUCGGAAUGUGCAAAACUCCUUAUUUACCUCUGAAAGUGUGAAACACUCUAAAGUUCAGUAUAUUCAAGAACCACCUAUUAAAUUUGUUAUAGCAAAGAUACUUGUAUUGUCAUUGUUUAAGAAAAAUACUAUUUCAGUUGUAAAGAUUAGAGACUAUCAAAACAUGUGCUUUUUAACAAAAUAACAAGGUAAUUGAGUUAGUUUGUAAAUGUUGUGAAGAAAAUUUACCUGAAUAAUUUCCUUAGCGAUGUAUAUGGUGUACAGAAUGUUUUUUUUUUUAUUCUUAUCCAUAGUUGAAUGUAGCGAAUAGUACCUGAUUGCUAAUAAUUAUUGGAAAAAUUGAAAUUUGAAGGGGAGGGCACCUACAUGUACAUAAAAUGUGAGAAAACCACAAGGCCGUCAUUCGAGGGGAAAUGGGGUCUUUUUGUCUUCCUACUGCAUACCCCCCCCCCCCAUGUUUUUAUCUCCUCUUUUUUUCACAAACUUGUAACUUUGCUACUUUUUACAGUGUUUCAUUGGGGUGGGGGCACUUUUCCCAUGCCCCCCCCCCCUUAGCUAUGGCUCUGAGAAUUUUAAAUUUUAUUUUUAGUGUACCGGUACAUGCUUUGUCUCUAAUAAUAUAUUACAAUUCAAGAAUGUGUCUUUCUGUGCUAGUGUGAUUGUAGUUGAUAGUAAUAUUCAUGGUUGCGCAAAGCAUUUAUUGAUCAUUUGACAAAUCUAUUUUUAUGGAAACAGAGUAUAUUGGGUACAAUGGCAAUUGUGUGUGAUACUGAUAUGUAUGAAUGUAUUUAAUUAGUGACAAUGAUAUUAUACCAUUUAUGUACCAAUGUGACAAAAUUUUAAAACUUUUGUUUGUUUACAUGCAUGCUCAAAUGAUCAAUUACUAUUGCUCAACAGUGAAAAGCACCGCCAGCAUUAUUCCUCUGCCACCAUUCAAAUGAGACAGGGUGUACUCACAAUAAUUCUGCAGUAUAGCUCUACAACAAGUCAUUGGCACACAGUGCAGCGCAUUUUUUAUUACUUGAAAUGCAAUGCAACCCGAAAAUUGUACCAAUGAAAUGUGUUUGCUGAACACUGAUUCAUUAUCUCAUCGCACAAACCAGGAUUGUAUAAGGCCAAGAUAGUACGCACGUAACUGCAUUUAAAGAGAAGGUUGAGUUCUGGGAAAAGGUGAA